GGGAUCAGAAGAUGAAUUAGUAGUUCCUAAAUAGCGCGGAACACUCUUUGGACUAUCGAUGUCGCUCUGCCCCUGACCCUCCAACCCCGCCCGAGUCCAGCUGUUACGUCAGCCUUCCAGUUUCCCAAGCCCCCCGGAAUGCCCUGACUCGGGACCCCCGUCUAGUCCUGCACUCCCCCUGCUCUUCUUGGCAGCCAAAGACCCAGGGGAGGAUCAGGACAAGCGGACAGCCCAGAUAAGUACCACAUGAAGGUUCCCACAUUACCUCACUCCCAAGACGUGGCUGCUUGCAGACCUUCCAGGUUCUGGUUGUGGCGGAGGGUCCCCCACAGAGACCCGCGUGGACCACUUCAUUGGCGGAAGAUGCACUCGGCGGCGGCGUUUUGAACGUCCCCCAUCGGCGUAGAGAAAAAGUGAGGUGAGGACGGGUCCCGUGUCUUCUCUCCUCUGACCACACAUGGCGGGAAGUCAUCUGGAGAGCAUCACGGCGGUCGCCGCCAGCCACCAGCCGGCGGACCCUCCCAUCCAGAGACCCCCGGCGAGCGGCGGUCCUCGGUGCCCGCACAGACGCAGGCAGAGUGUUCGCGCCAGUCGGGAUUGGGUGCCAUCAGUGUAUGGGCCCAGACCUAACUCCAACUGUGUGUGUGAGGUCCCAGUCAGCACACCAGGCGCUCACAACUCCCCAGAAAACGCGGCACGAGAGAGAAGUCGUGUACGCAACCUGCGCCAGGCCUUCCACAGCCUGCAGGCGGCUCUUCCAUCAGUCCCACGUGACACAAAGCUGUCCAAGCUGGAUGUUCUGGUUUUGGCGACCAACUACAUAGCCUACCUGACACAGACCCUGGACCAGGGAAGAAGUCUCUCCGAGCACACCUUGCCAUCAAGACCGGGUGGAUACCUCCACCCCGUGAAGAAGUGGCCCAUGCGUUCCCUGCUCUACUGUGGCCAAGUGCUCUCAGGAGGGACAGCCAAUCAGAGGCCUCCGUCUGGACAGGACGCAGCACACUUCCUUGGUCAGGCCUUGGAAGGAGACAAGGACUGUUAGGUAACUUUGGGAACCAACAUUCAAUCUUUUUUUUUUUAUGUCCGAUUUCCAAUGGGUUGCAGAGGACGCUGCACCAAGUGCCACACCAUAAAUAGUCCUUCCAUAGAACACAGACAAAAGGCAUAGAAAGAGCACCAAGGAAAAUAGACAAACUAGAAGAAAAAGGAACAAGUGUGUCUAACAGACAGUUUAAGUCUAAACAAAGUCAAAUUGAACUGACUUUAAGCAUCAUUUAUGUAUUGUUGGCCUAGAUUAGCCUCCUUUCUGGGCUACAUACACACUUGUCACCAAAUCUUACAUAUAUUAGCCACAAAAUCAUUUGUAAAUGUUUAUUUACGUACAUUAUUGGUGUCCAAACACUGCCUGUAACAGGGCAGUAAAACGGCUGAUGAAACAAAACAAAACAUAACUGGGGAAGUUCGCUCUCCAAUCAGCUAAACGGACUCAAUAGCUCACCACCGUCACAAUGUAAACAAAUGCCAUGGGUGGAUCUACACCUGACAUCCACUGUAAUGAUACCAAGUACAGGAGCGUAUCUAGUCAAUACUACUAUGAUUACAUCGAUAUUUUUUGUUGUCACAAAAUAGUUUUUCCUUUUUUAAAUUCCUAUUAUGUUUUUAAAGUCAGUAAAUACGUCCCUGGACACAUGAGGACUUUGAAUAUGACCAAUGUAUGAUCCUGUAACUACUUGGUAUCACAUCCAUACCUAAAUGUGUGGUAUCAUCCAAAACUAAUGUCAAGUAUCAAAGAAGAGAAGAAUAAGUGAUUAUUACAUUUGAACAGAAGUGUAGAUAGAACAUGUUCAAACAGAAAAUAAGCAGAUAUUAACAAUAAAUGAACAAGUAGAUGAAUAAUCCAUUUUUACAGUUUGUCCCUCAUAAAGUGUACAAAAUAAUAGGUGUAUAAAUGACACAAUAUGUUACUGCAUAAUUAGGAGUCUUUGUUUGUUUACUUACUACUAAAAGACAAGUUGUGUAUUUUAUUGAAGGACUAAAUGACAAUAAUAAACAUAUGUUUCAUGUACACUAACAUUUGUUGUUACAAUAAAGACAAUAAUGACAUUUUUUGUGGUCCCCUUUAUUUAGAAAAGUAUGGAAUUACAUUUUGGUACCGGUACCAACAUAUUGGUAUGGGGACAACCCUAAUUCAAACAGUGUUACUGUUCAAACUGUGUCAAAAACUAUUAAAUACAUUUGUUAAAUAAAACAUCUGCCUUGUUUUUAAUGAAU